CGGCGGAACAUCAGGAAAAAAUUCAAGGAAGUGAUGACUGAGUUGCUGCAGGUAUCAGACGAGCGGAAAUACAAAGCCAUCCAGGAGAAUGACAAUUGUUUGAUGGCCACUUUUGAGGGAAUGGUUUUGAAGAGCUUCUUAAAAGAAGAGGACAGGGUCCCUAAAGAAAUAAAAGAAGCAGUCAGAAAUAGUAUCAAAGACAUUCUGUUGCAGGGGCAGACAGAGUUUGCACCAACUGAUGAUGAAAUACAAAAGAGAGCAAAGGUAAUCAUAAAAUUGAUCGCUGCAUCAAUAAAGAGGCAGCUAUCAGGAAAUAUCCGAGUACGAAAGCAUCUACUCGAUGAAAUGGCGAAAAUGAAAGCACUAGAGAAAAAGAGAAAGGUGCACGAAGAAUUGCUUAUGACAGUUCAGGUUACGGUCUCAAUUGAGGAGUGUAAGGAGGCACUGGAACUGGCUAAGGUAUUUGUUCACGUUUAUUAGCUUUGAGUGGGUUCUAUCGAAUGAUUUCUUUCAUGGACACAUGUCUUUCAUACACGUAUAACACAUGGAUACGUGCAAGGUAUCUUUGGUAUUGCCUUUUUUCCAGAGUUUAACUUUUGCGUGGAAUAAUAUUAUAAUUCCAAUGUUAUUUAUUACAGUUGUUUUGAUUGGACAAAAGUAAAGCUAAUGAGAAUUUACACAUCAAUAAAUCCAAAAACGCUAUGUAUACAUACGCGACUGAAAACAAAUGAUAUAGUGCGGGGAAACUAUUCAAU